GUGUUGUGCGGCUCUAAGACGUGUCCCUCUUUCAUUUUUAUGUGGGGUCUCUUUCUUGGAAGUUUUCUACAGUUGUGAGGGAGUUUGUUGCUUGGCAAGAUGUUAGAUUACGCCAUUUUUGCCAUCACGUUUGUGGUCUUCCUGAUAGCCACGGUGCUGUAUCUGUACCCGGGUGCAAAUAAGAUCACCACCAUCCCAGGCUUGGAGCCAUCAGAUCCAAAAGAUGGUAACCUGGGUGACAUGGGGAGGGCAGGCAGUCUGCACCAGUUCCUGAUGAAGUUACAUGGAGAGUACGGAGACAUCGCUUCCUUCUGGUGGGGCCAGCAGCUUGUGGUCAGUCUGGGGGCGCCCGAACUCUGGAAACAACACGAGCGCAUCUUUGACAGACCACCUCUGCUUUUCAAGGGAUUCGAGCCUCUGAUGGGACCCAUGGGUAUCCAGUACGCUAACGGUAUUGAUGGCAGGUCUAGGAGGAAACUGUAUGACCCCAGCUAUGGGCACGAUGCCAUGAAACUUUACUACAGCAUUUUUCAAGAGUUGGGUGAAGAGAUGGCUAAGAAAUGGGGGUCUAUGAAGGGUGAAGAUCACAUCCCCCUCCAUGCCCACAUGAUAGCCCUGGCCAUGAAGGCAAUCACAAGAACAUCGUUUGGAGACUCCUUUAAGGACGAGAAGGAAUGUGUGCAGUUUGGCAGGAACUACGACAUCUGUUGGCAUGACAUGGAAGAGAGAAUCAAGGGAAGUUAUCCUGCAGAAGGAAGUCCCAGGGAGAAAAGGUUCCAAGAAGCUCGGGAGAAGUUACACGCAACUAUUGUCAGGGUUGCAAAGCGCCGUAGAGAGAACCCUCCCCCACCCCAGGAAAAACUCUUCAUCGAUGUACUUAUUGAGGGAAAUCUUCCUGAAGAGCAGGUCAUAAGUGAUGCUAUGACAUAUACGAUUGGAGGGUUCCAUACUUCUGGAAACUUGCUGACCUGGGCCGUGUACUUCCUUGCCACACACAAGGAGGUAGAGGAGAAAGUGCAUCAGGAACUCAUGGAUGUCUUGGGAAAGAAGGAAGAAGUCACUCCUGACAACCUCUCACAACUAGUGUACUUACGGCAGGUCCUGGAUGAGACUCUGCGCUGUGCCGUGGUCGCUCCGUGGGGGGCACGCUACAUGGACCUGGAUGCUGAAAUCGGAGGCCACAUUGUCCCAGCCAAGACCCCAGUUAUCCAUGCUAUUGGAGUUGUCCUCCAAGAUGAGAGAAUUUGGCCAGAGCCAAACAAGUUUGAUCCGGAAAGGUUUGAUACGGAGAACAGUAAGGGUCGUCACAAGUUGGCCUUCCAGCCAUUUGGGUUUGCAGGUGGUCGCAAAUGCCCAGGUUACCGGUUCUCGUACGUGGAGACCACGGUGUUCCUGUCCAUCCUGUGCCGCCGGUUCCAGUUCCACCUGGUGGAGGGGCAGGUGGUGGAGCCGUGGCACGGGCUGGUCACGCGCCCGGUCGACGAGAUCUGGAUCACCGUCACCAAACGUGACUAACGCCAACAGUUACCUUCUUGCUUCUGGGAUCAAGUCGCUCCAACAUGUUCAGAUUUUUGCUUCUGGCAUGAAGCAAGCAGAAUUAAGACCAUCUAGGUGUAUAUAUUAAACAUUCGAUGAUACACCUGGUGUUGUAGUUGUUCAAUGCUAAGUAUAAAUAAAAAGCUGCAUUAUUAAGCCAAAAAAAGACAAAGGUAAGAAGGAUACUCAAAGUUGUUUGAUGAAAUUAGCCACAGUGCCAAGUGUAUUGUAAAGUGCAGUUAAUGUACUGUCAUUUCUGAUUCCAUAGGUAUUGUAAGAGAAAUAUGUAGCUUUCAGUGAUAGUUUUAUUGUGAUCACACAAACUCCAAAGUUAGCUUUGUAACAAAUAUAGCUACUGUAGUGUUAAAGCUACCUGAUAUAUGAUUGAUCAGGUAUUUAAAGAAAAUGGUAAAAUAGCAGACCUCAGAAGCUUGGCGAUUUUUCAAUAGCUAGUAGUGCAAUGUGGCCUUGUCAUAGCCCAUGUUUAAGGCCAAGUGCACCAGGCCUACUCUAAGAUUUUCUAGAUUCAUGUAUAAGGUAAAAAAUACUACUUUAAUGCUUCAAGUAUGAAAUGAUGGUGAAAAUGUGCUAAGAAAUAGCAGUAAAUGUCAAUAUCAGACAGACUUGCUCAUCCAGAAUAUUUUCUGUUUUGCCGCCCUGAAAUUGCACUAUAAAAAGAUAUAUAAAAGGAGCUGAGUGUGAGUAGAGGUGCAGGCAUUUAUGUAGGAAACAUGAUGACAUUCAGAUUAAAGUUGUGCAGUAUUCUGU